CCAAGGCGUUGAAAAGCCUUCUUCCCCCACCGUUAAACAUACCUACAUACAAUCAUUCACGCACGUUAAAACACGCCGGACCGACGAGUGUACAACCAUAGCACACCAAGUACAUACCCAUCAGAGGCACACCACGCGUUAGUUGUUCCGGCACCAACAGCAGAAGAAGUCGCCCGUACAUAUUAUAUACGUUAAAACGUCAACAACAAAGUUCACUUAUCGCGCCCGUCGUUUAAUUCUCGAGAGGUUAAGAGAAACACUCGCGUGCUCUGUUCGUUCGUCAACAUAACAUUGGGUAUUAUACCUACUCGUACGUCCCGUAUAUUCGAGAGACUUAUACUUUCGACGACGAGAGGACGAGUCAUCGGAGCAUUUAUGUAUAUACGUACGAACACGCCGGUCGUUCCAAACUCGUCGGCACGUACGCUCGAUUUUAUCUGUCCGUCGAAGACGAAUUUAAUAGAAAAGAAAAAAUAAAUAGGGAAACAGUGAAUAAGUGAGGAUAACAACGUAAUAUUGUACUAACAUAGUGUAAAAUAAUCAGCCGGACAGCAUAAUAUACAGUUGAUAGACCACGUGUGCGCGCUGUGUGCAAGACGAAAGAAAAAAAAAAGUAUUCUAGUGUGUACGCAUGUACAGCAAUCGAUUGUCGUCGUCAGUGUUGCGCCUGUUUACAGUGUUACAAAUUAUUUUAACGAUUGAUCAUACUUGUCGCAAAACAGUGAAGUUGUGAACAAUACAUAAGACAGCAAAAUAUAUUCCAGACUACUCGAUCUCACAUACACAGAGCAGAAGUGACGAGUGUGUGAAGAAGGAGAGAGAGAGAGAGAGAGAGACCGGCAUCAUUAAAACGUACGUGCAGAGUAGCAGCAUAGUCGAGAUGCCGACGAGCUUAUUCCCGGAGAUGGAGCGAGCCUCGGUUAUGGCCGGGAACGGAGGCGGUGGUGGCGGCGGCCCCACGAGCAACAGCACCAUCGAGGAACAGCGCGCCCUUCAGCUGGCCCUCGAGCUGUCGAUGCUCGGAUUAGAGCAGGGCGGGUGUUCCAACGGCGCGAGUCCCGGGGUCGGGUCCAACGGGUCGGGUGUCGGAACUGUCGUCGGCCAGGACGCGGAUGGCAUGCAGACCGGCCAGUCGAGCGUGUUCGAGGAGGCCCGCUCGAAGAAGAGCCAGAACAUGACCGAGUGCGUGCCCGUACCCAGCAGCGAGCACGUGGCCGAGAUCGUCGGCAGACAAGGCUGCAAGAUCAAAGCGCUGCGCGCAAAGACCAACACGUACAUAAAGACACCGGUGCGCGGGGAGGAGCCGGUCUUCGUGGUAACGGGACGCAAAGAGGACGUGGCCCGCGCCAAACGCGAGAUUCUCUCGGCGGCCGAGCACUUCUCCCAGAUCCGCGCCUCCCGCAAAUCCAGCCUCGGCGCCCUCCUCGGCGCCCCACCCGGACCCCCUGCCUCGGUCCCCGGACACAUAACCAUCCAGGUGCGCGUACCCUACCGCGUGGUUGGCCUCGUCGUCGGACCCAAGGGCGCCACGAUCAAGCGCAUCCAGCACCAGACGCACACGUACAUCGUCACCCCGAGUCGCGACAAGGAGCCCGUCUUCGAGGUCACCGGCCUCCCCGAGAGCGUCGCAGCCGCCCGCACCGAGAUCCAAGCCCACAUCACCCAGCGCACGGGCGUCUUCCCCAUUUGCAUGCACAACGAGGAGAAGGACCUCCUGGAGGCCCUCUGCCGGGGCGGUUUGACCUCGAUCCUCGGCUGCCUCGACGCCCCCGGGGCACAAGGCACCAACGGCGCCAAGACCGGUGGCAGCAAUGGCUCGAGCGGCGCGUUCUCGUCCAGCGGCAGCUGCAGCAGCUCGUCGUCGAGCUCCGGAGCCACGGGGCUCAACGACCUCGUGGCCAUCUGGAACGCAGGCAUGGAGCGGGACGAAGGCCUCGGGGAGUCGCCCAGCUUCGAGUCCCAGGCGGCAGCCGCGGCGGCCUCCUCGAUCUGGAGCUUUCCGGGGGUGACGCUGCCCUCGCGGCCCUCCCCCCCGGCUUCGGCGUCGCCAGCCUCGCCCACGGACUCCCUGCUGGGCAACAGCAGUACCCUCGGUGGUGGUGGCGGCAGCAGCAGCAACAGCCUCCACGGGAUCAUGGCCACCGGGACCAUGAGUCCUCCGAGCGUGCGGGAGUGCAUCGUCUGCGGGGACAAGGACGUGUCGACCGCGCUCGUACCCUGCGGCCACAAGAACUUUUGCGCCGAGUGCGGCCACCGCAUAUGCGUGAGCAGUCCCGAGCCGACCUGUCCCAUCUGCACGAAGCCGGUGCGCCAGGCCCUACGCAUCAUCAACUAAGUAUAUGUACAUACACACCACAACAGCCAAUACAGCGACAGCAACAACAACAACAACACCACAGCCUCCCCGCCCGUUCCGCGACCCUCUUUUCGACGACUGACCAAUCGUUAGGAAACAACGCCAGGCGGCUGCUGGACCACGUUAUUUUAUUACCACGCCACUACCCACGGGUUCAUCGAGGCGUCGUCGUACGUUGUACAAUGUCCACGUAUGUCGCACGUCGGAUGUGUAUACAAUAUAGAUUGUACCACACGAAGCGCCCUCGCGCGAUUUUAUACUUUGAUAACGAACGAGAUACAGCGCCAGGAGAGGAGCUGUUGCUGCCACGAGAAGGACGAUCCAGCGCGGGUGGAAGAUAUUUGUUUUCCUUGUGUUUUUGAUUAUUAUUAUUAUUAUUAUUAUUAUUAUCAUUAUUUUAUUUUAUUUUUUUUUUUUUGUAAGUAAUAGAGUUUUGUUCGUUUUUGCAUACAAUAAUAAUCAUAAUAGUAAUUACCUAUACUCUUCGGUUCGAUACCGAAAGAGACGCGAUGAUGAUGAUGAUGCUGAUCAUGAUGAUUGCGAUGAACAAUGUGAUGAU